UUUCCGGGUUUGAAACUUGUCUGGUUUUUUUGUUUUAUUCUAAUUAAUUUUUCACGGGAGAGGAAACAAAAAUUAGGGCAACAUUGCGAUCGACUUUUUAAACUGCUUCUGAUGUGUCUCUCUUUGAUUCUGGGAAAGAAAUAGGGUAUCAUUUGAUCUGAUGAAGGACCGGUCAGCGAAGAGGAAGGUGGUUGUACGGCACUUGCCGCCUUCUCUUUCAGAGCCCGAUCUCUUAUCCCAAAUCGACUCUCGUUUCGGUGAUAGCUACAGUUGGUUCUCCUUUCGUCCUGGCAAGUCCAACUAUAAGACGCAGAAGCAUUCACGGGCCUACUUUGGUUUCAAGUCCCCAGAAGAUGUUUAUGAGUUCGCUGCAUUUUUCAACGGCCAUGUCUUUGUUAAUGAAAAGGGUGCUCAGUUCAAGGCCAUAGUUGAAUAUGCGCCUUCACAGCGUGUGCCCAAACCAUGUGACAAGAAAGAUCCUCGUGAAGGCUCUAUUACCAAAGACCCUGACUACCUUGAAUUCCUUAAGCUCAUUGCUCAACCUGUUGAGAAUCUCCCCAGUGCUGAAGUCCAGUUGGAAAGAAGAGAAGCCGAGCAGUCUGGUGCUUCAAAGCCGGCUCCUAUUGUUACCCCUCUUAUGGAAUUCAUACGUCAAAAACGUGCUACUGUGAUUGGAUCUCAGGGUUCAUUAGAUGUUCGAAGAGGAGGCAGAAGAUCCCGAGCAGUCUCGGCAAACAAGCCAAGUUCAAGGCCUUUGAAACGAAACUCUGAAAAGAAGAAGUAUGUUGAAAAGGACACUUCAAAAAGCGUCCGCAGUUCCAAGCAAGAUAAUUCAUCUACAGCCUCUGUCAUGGAUAGCUCUCUCCCAGGGAUUUCAUUGACUAUGGAGUCUGGGAAGAAAAAGAUUUUGCUCCUGAAAAAAGACCGAGACACUCCUGUUAACUCUCCACCACAACCAGAACAGCAGAUGGAAACUAUUCUAUCCUCGACCUCAAGACAGAACCAGAAGAUUGGUGAUGUUGGUGGGAGAUUGAUCAAGGGAAUGCUUGUGAGAAAGGAGCCGCGACCUAGCCAGUCUUCAACUUUGGUCCAGCCUGAGCCAAGAGUGGAACCCUCAGAAGCAGAAAACUACAAGCGUCCUCCUCGAGCAGAUGGUAUAUAUGCAGGGAAAGACUAUCAUGUUUCUGGUACCAACACUGAGAAGCAAGAGAGGCGUCCUAGAAACAGGGACAGACCUGAUCGUGUUGUGUGGGCUCCUCUCCGUCGCGCUGACGGGUCCAAUAACAGCGAGGACCAACUGUCAUCUUCAGCAGCAAACAAUGGAGAAGUGAAACAAAGGACGUUGUUGCAAAGAUCUGGAGAAGUUGUGAACUCCUCUGAUGGACACUCUCUUGAGAAUGGUUCAGCUAGAUAUUCUAGUCGCCGUGUUGGAUCUCGCAGCAGAAAAGAAGACGGCUUUGCAGUGACCGGUGAGGGUAAAUCAUCGCGUAGAGGAGGUGGUGGUGAUCCCACUUCAUAUGAGAAGCAAAAGUGGAUCUUAAAAUCAUCAUCGGGUACUUGAUAUAUUCACUCAACAUAUGGGAAGCUGCGUUGAGUAUUGUUUACUUCAUAAAAUAUUAGAUGGAUUUUUCAUAACAAUGUUAUGAGUGUUCUAACCUUUCAGGCUAUAAACAUCAGCCAAUUCCAAUGGAAUUUAUCUUUGGACGGGAAUCUAUAGAUAUGAAUGGAACUGGAAAGUAACAACACUAUCAGCAUCACUCGGGUUUGUCUGGACUUUUGGUCCAUCGUCGUAAGUCGUAGUAUUGCGUCGUCAGUCGUAGUAUUGCACAUAAAAGAGACACUUCUCAAAGUAGGAAUCAUCUCAGGGUUUAUGAGUUUGAAACAAGAAAGACUCCGUAAGUACUGCAUUUGAAGGCUUCUAGCGGUUCACCGUACCUACACCCCCUUUUGGCUUGUGCUGUGUUACAGACAAGUGGGUGAGAAGUGAGAACUUACUCCCGAGUCCAAGUAUAAUGAAAUAAAGUCAAGAAGUAUAUAGGGAGCAGGAAACACUGUAUCGGGUUUUCUUUUGGGUUUCUUUGGAGGUCUCGGAACGUGAUUUUCAGGAUUUCACCAUAAUAGUUUGAUUACUGCGAAGUAAUUUUUUUACUGCUUAAUAUUAAUCUCGUUGAAGUUGGUUUA